UGUUGCCCUUUCACCAUCCUCGAAGACCAGAGAGUGUGACACAUGGCAGAUUUACAGUGACAUUGCCAAGCAGUCUCAGGAACAAGGCAGUAUGUAUAAAUUGCCAUCCCACUUCAUGUCCUUGUUUGUUGCUCCUAUAAAGCUAACAUCUUGUCGCAAUUGGAAAAAGCUAAUUGGUGUCUCUUCGUUGGCACAUUUAUCAUUUAUUGUCUACCAAGUCACCCUCUUCUUUCAUCAUGACUAAACUCUUGUCCUCUGUCACGGGUGUGCUGAGUCUUCUCUCCUUUGUCAUUGGGGCUACCGCCGCGCCCAGCGACCCCCUCGAAGCAAGACAAUGCACGACCACCAUCCUCGCCCCCACCGAUCUCAUCAUCUUUGAUCUCGCACAGCCUAACGAGCCCGGGUGGUCCAGUGCCCCCUCUUUCGAAGCGGCACUCAACAACGACAAGUCAGGGUACAAGAUGAUUGUACGCUUUUCCCCUCCCACAACAGGGAGCUGCGCAUGGGUCAUGAGCCUCCCUGCCGACCGACUCGAAAACGAGGCAAUGUGGGGCAGGCCAGUCUGGGGGCCUGUACUGCUCUCGUUCUUUGGUGUCCCACCUGGCGGUUACAACCCUGGCGACAAGCUUUCCGAGCUCGAGAUUAAGCCAGGCCCGUUCGGUGUCAAUGCCAUCCAGCCCGGCAUCCAGACCAUUCACGCCGAGCCAUGCAACCAGAUCGGUGGGGAAUUGUUCGUCGAAGUCCCGGAAUGGAUCGGCGAAUCCAUGUGGGUGUACUGGCCGCAAGAUAUUCAGCCCAGCAACGUGACGAAUUCGUUGGGCAUCUAUAUGCGGGUGCAGACUUGCUAGGCACCCGAGGGGGAACGGGUGGUGAGAUGGUGGAUUAGGCACACCGGAGCACUUGGAAGGGCAUUGCUGGGGGGGGAUUGGUUUGGUAUGAGAGAAGUUGGAGUGACGCAUCUAGCUAAAAGAUGGAAGAGAUAAUAUGGUGGACUAGCCUCUAGUUUCAGCCCAAUGUUGAAGAGUUGUGGCAAUGACUCGGUUGGUACAUACCAAUAGCAGGCCCAAGGUGUAUCCAGCAAUCAACCUCCAUGGUGAUAUUCGCAUGUACACGGAUGUGAAUCGCCCAAGGCAUGCAGCCAGUCAUUCAUUGAGGACCG